AUGGGCCCUCAGCAGCCCUUUCUCUACGAAUCCGACAAGGUCGACUCUCGUUUUCCGACCUCGAGCUUCGAUCCCAAGGCCGUCACUCGCGCCAGCUGGGAGCCAAAGCCCAAGAAGCCCAAGCAGAAUGGCCCUCUCAUCUCGAUCAACAGGCAUCCCGAUGCUCAUGAAGUCAUCGGCCAGCGACGUCCAUUCAGGACGCUGGGCCACCGCACGAAGGCAUGGAUCAAGGGCAUGAGGAAAGUGCAGCUGGGUCUGCGCGUCCUCGAGAUGAUUGGUGCCGCAGGCAUCUUGACCCUUAUGAUCCUCAUCAACCAUGUCAGUGACCUGGUCGCAUGGGUUGCUAGAAUUACGGCCGGCGUGGUCAUCGUCCACUGUGUGUACGGUAUCUAUCACUUGUCACGGCACGCCGGCGGCCGCACUCCCGCUUCGAGUGCCGCAUACCAGCUCUUCGCUGCCGUCUCGGACCUCUGCGUUCUGCCGCUGUACACCUACGUGUGUCUCUCGACCCGAAAUAGCAGCGAAGGAUGGGGCACUCUCGUGGCGAACGAGACUCUCCUCCCCAAGUACUUCAUCCCGGCGCUCUACUACACCCUGAUCGGCGCAGGGGGGCUGCACCUGCUCUCCCUGGCCAUCGGACUGUGGCUGGCUCUCAAGUUCCGGCAGAUCACCCGCAUGCCGCCCGACAUGAACCCCCUCGAGGCGCACCUGACUUCCAGGGCGCACAAGCGGAACAAGUCGUCCGUCGCUACGAGCAGCACCUUCUCCGAGAGCGAGAAGCGCCUCUCGACGCCCCUGGAAGACCGCCGCCGCUCCGGCAUGCCGUACCAGGACCUGUCCCGCCCGCCCAGCAUCCCGUUCACCCACACCCGGACCGGCUCGUCCACGAGCCUGCACUCGCGCGACUCCCGCCUCGACCUCCCCAGCCGCCAGUACCAGAUCCCCGCCAGCAACCGCAGCUCACCGCGCAGCUCCCUCGCCCCCUCGGAGCUCGACCGCAGCGGCAUGAAGCGCAUGUCCCACUCGCCCCUCGUCAGCGGCGGCCCCGAUCGCCGCUCCGGAGGAGGCCUGGCCUCGCGCGCCUCGUACAUCGAGAUCCCGCUGCACGAGACGGGCUCCCCCCGCGCGAGCACCGGCACCGUGGCCUCGCAGGUGACGAUCCAGUCGGCCGGGCCGACGGCGCAGCCCCGCGCCGCCAAGUUCACCGAGGCCUGGUACACGUCCGAGUCGCUCAUCAACCGCACCCAGCAGCGCAACAAGGCCAUCAACACCAUGAUGCUGCAGGCCUCGAGCAAGAGGCGCAACUACGAGGCCGUCCACCAGCGCGGCGGCGCCGAAGACGAUUCCGACUCCGACGCGUCGGACAGGGACGAGAACGCCUACGACCUCGGCGGCCUCGGCGCGCGGGGCAACGGCAUGCAGACGCCCGAGCAGCAGCAGCAGACCCAACAAGACCAUCCCAACCCGCUGCGGUCGAACCCCAUGGCCCAGCGGCCCAGGACCCCGUACUACCGCCCCGCCAUGGGCGAGGUGAGCAGCAACGCGCGCAGCGCCAGCGGCAGCCAGGACAUCGCGGACGCGCAGGAGCAGAGAUCCGCCGACUCGCCGCGGCCGCUGUCCACUGCGAGCAGCAGCAAGAAGAGGCACACGUGGGCGCCGCAGCCGCAGCCGCGGAACCGCGACAGCUCCAUCCAGCCCGACAGCGGCUUCUACUCCAAGCCCUACGGCGAGCUCAAGUCGGCGACGCCGCCCAUCAUGGUGGGCUCCGGCCGCCAGGUGUCCUCGGGCAACGACUACGACCUCGGAGAGCGCGCGUUGUUCCCGCGGCAGAGGGGCGUCAGCGGCAAGAUUGCCGAGGAGGGCAGGGCCGGGCUCGGACAGAAUGGGUUUUCUUCUCGGUUCUCGGUGCUGAAUGCGUGA